CGUGAAGGUGCUGCCACAGGCGGAGGGGCGGCGAGAACCUUGCUGGCACCCGGCGCCUCGCCGACUGACCGACCGAGCAUCUCCCGACCGCCGCCUCUACAGCCAUGAAAGCCGCCCGCAUCGCCCUGCGUACCGCUGUCCCCCUGACCGGGGCCGGCGGCGUCCGCAGCAGCCGCUUGCCGCGGGAGGUGGAGCAGUUCUCCCGCUUCUCCCCCUCCCCGCUCUCCAUCAAGCAGCUGCUGGACUUCGGCUCGACUAAUGGAUGUGAAAGGACUUCCUUUGCAUUCUUGCGACAAGAGCUCCCCGUGAGGUUUGCGAACAUACUGAGAGAAAUAGAGCUCCUUCCUGAUAAAUUGCUAAGCACCCCAUCAGUGCAGUUGGUGAAAAGCUGGUACAUCCAAAGUCUAAUGGAGCUGGUUGAGUUCCAUCAGAAAAGCCCAGAUGACCAAAAAGUCUUAUCUGAAUUUAUAGAUACAUUAAUUAGAGUUCGAAACAGACAUCACGAUGUAGUCCCUACAAUGGCACAAGGAGUAAUUGAAUACAAAGAUAUGUUUAAAGUAGACCCUGUCACCAAUCAAAACAUUCAGUACUUUUUGGAUCGUUUUUACAUGAGCCGCAUUUCCACCCGGAUGCUUAUGAACCAACACACCCUUCUUUUUGAUGAUAAAUCCAGAUCAGGUCACCCGAGGCACAUUGGAAGUAUUGAUCCUUGCUGUGAUGUUGUUGAGGUAGUGAAUGAUGCUUUUCAAAGUUCCAAGAUGCUAUGUGACCAGUACUAUUUAACAUCUCCAGAACUGAAGCUUAAUCAAGUAAAUGGAAAACUUCCAGGAGAGCCAAUUAACAUUGUCUAUGUUCCAUCUCAUCUUUUUCACAUGCUUUUUGAGCUCUUUAAGAAUUCAAUGAGAGCAACAGUUGAAUUUCAAGAGAACAGUCCUUCCCUCUCUCCAGUUGAAGUAACAGUUGUUCUAGGACAAGAAGACCUGGCCAUUAAGAUCUCUGAUAGAGGAGGUGGUGUUCCAGUAAGGAAAAUUGAGCAGCUGUUUAGCUACAUGUAUUCCACAGCACCAAGACCAAGGAUGGAUGAUGGUCGGCAAACUCCUCUUGCUGGCUUUGGAUAUGGCUUGCCAAUUUCCCGUCUAUAUGCCAAAUACUUCCAAGGAGACUUAAAUCUUUACUCCAUAUGUGGCUAUGGAACAGAUGCUAUUAUCUACUUGAAGGCCCUAUCAACAGAAUCAGUAGAAAAACUUCCGGUUUUUAACAAAUCUGCUUCCAAACAUUACCAAACAACUUCAGAGGCAGAUGACUGGUGCAUCCCAAGUAAAGGCCCAAAGCAGACUGCAGCUCUCUGAAGGGAAGUGGAUAUCAAAGGCAUCCAAGGGAUCAAGCUGGCUUAUCAGAGACUAGUGUUUGGAAGUACUCAUCUACCUCCAAACAGGCAAAUUCUUCUGUUGCAGGACUGGCAGAAGAGGAAGAAGCUAAAGAUGUUAUAGCCUAGGCUGUAUACAUUAAACGUAAAGUCUUGCUGUGAACUUCAGGCUGAAGAAGGGAUAUGUGUAUAGAGGAAACUCAGGCUAUUUUUGUUAUGAUCAAAGACUUUAUGUGGUAGAGGUGUGCAAUUUGAAUCCUGUCUAAUGCUUGAAUUUUGAGACUGAUAAAAAAAAAUGUCAGUUAAGCUGGUAUAUAUCUUUCUCCUAGAAUAGAUAUCAGCAGCUCAUUUUACAGAACUCCUCAGGUAGAUGUACCUGUAUUAAAAGCUGCAUUUAGAACACCUGGAAAAUAUCCUUUCACCUUGCUAUAAGACUGCCAUGUUAUAAACAUCAUCCAAAUAGAUCCUGACUGGGAAGGAGGGAGGGAGCCCUGGUAAGAAAGUGUUUUCCACAUGUAAGGAAGUCAUGUCUUAACAAAAGAAGCAAUCCGAUAUUCCAGUAAUCAUUCUUAAGUGAUGCCUUGCUCUGAGUUACACUUCAUUUUGUGUUUCUUCAAGCUGUUGAUGGAAAAGCUAGUGAAGCAAGACUCCUGUGCAUAAGG